AUGGAGAGUGUUGGUGUGUACGGAUUCUGUGGGUGUAAAGCAAAGAGCAAAAUGAAGUGUGACUCAAGGUGGGAAAUAGCCGCUUCAGAAACGGCUCCCACAUCUGCGUAUUCAUCUCCAGCCCGGAGCCUUGGGGACACAGGAAUAACGCCUCUGUCUCCUUCCCAUAUUGUGAACGAUGCCGACCCCAACGUCUCAGAAGAGCAGUCGUUUCUUGUGGUGGUGGCUGUCGACUUUGGGACCACGUCCAGUGGCUAUGCCUACAGCUUCACCAAGGAGCCAGAAUGCAUCCACGUGAUGAGACGAUGGGAGGGAGGCGACCCUGGUGUGUCCAACCAGAAGACUCCGACCACCAUCUUGUUGACUCCUGAGAGGAAGUUCCACAGCUUUGGGUAUGCUGCCAGGGACUUUUACCAUGACCUGGAUCCCAAUGAGGCCAAGCAGUGGUUGUAUCUGGAGAAGUUCAAGAUGAAGCUGCACACCACUGGGGACCUCACAAUGGAUACGGACUUGACGGCAGCAAAUGGCAAGAAAGUCAAAGCCCUUGAAAUCUUCGCUUAUGCCCUGCAGUACUUUAAGGAGCAGGCGCUGAAGGAGCUGAGUGACCAGGCAGGUUCGGAGUUCGAGAACUCUGAUGUCAGAUGGGUCAUCACGGUGCCUGCCAUCUGGAAACAGCCUGCCAAGCAGUUCAUGAGACAAGCUGCCUACCAGGCAGGUCUGGCCUCCCCUGAGAACUCGGAGCAGCUCAUCAUUGCCUUGGAGCCUGAGGCAGCCUCCAUCUACUGCCGGAAGCUGCGGCUGCACCAGAUGAUCGAGCUGAGCAGCAUGGCAGCCAUCAAUGGGUACAGCGGCAGUGACACAGUAGGAGCUGGGUUUACACAGGCUAAGGAACACAUACGGCGUAAUCGGCAGAGUCGGACAUUUUUGGUGGAGAAUGUCAUAGGAGAAAUCUGGUCCGAGCUGGAGGAAGGUGACAAGUAUGUGGUUGUGGACAGUGGCGGUGGCACCGUAGACCUGACAGUCCAUCAGAUACGGUUACCAGAGGGACAUCUUAAAGAAUUGUAUAAAGCAACAGGUGGACCCUAUGGAUCCUUGGGAGUAGAUUAUGAAUUUGAAAAACUUCUGUGUAAAAUAUUUGGAGAGGAUUUUAUCGAACAAUUCAAAAUCAAACGUCCAGCUGCCUGGGUUGACUUAAUGAUUGCAUUUGAGUCUCGCAAAAGGGCGGCUGCCCCAGAUCGAACUAACCCACUGAACAUCACCCUGCCCUUCUCCUUCAUUGACUACUACAAGAAGUUUCGUGGGCACAGCGUGGAGCAUGCCUUGAGGAAAAGCAAUGUGGAUUUUGUGAAGUGGUCUUCACAGGGGAUGCUGAGGAUGAGUCCAGAUGCCAUGAAUGCCCUUUUUAAGCCAACCAUUGACAGCAUCAUCGAGCAUCUUCGGGACCUGUUCCAGAAGCCCGAGGUGUCCACUGUCAAGUUCCUUUUCCUAGUGGGUGGCUUUGCUGAGGCUCCCCUCCUGCAGCAGGCAGUGCAGGCUGCCUUUGGGGACAAGUGCCGGAUCAUCAUCCCCCAGGACGUAGGCCUUACCAUCCUCAAGGGCGCAGUCCUCUUUGGCCUGGACCCCGCAGUCAUCAAGGUGCGUCGGUCACCGCUCACCUACGGGGUGGGUGUGCUGAACCGCUAUGUAGAGGGCAAGCACCCACCUGAGAAGCUGCUGGUGAAGGAUGGCACUCGCUGGUGCACUGACGUCUUCGACAAGUUCAUCUCUGCUGACCAGUCUGUGGCCUUGGGUGAGCUGGUCAAGCGUAGCUACACCCCGGCCAAACCCUCCCAGCUGGUCAUUGUCAUCAACAUCUACAGCUCUGAGCAUGAUGACGUCAGCUUCAUCACCGACCCUGGGGUGAAGAAGUGUGGCACACUCCGCCUGGAUCUCACAGGGACCAGCGGCACAGCGGUGCCCGCCCGUAGGGAGAUCCAGACCCUUAUGCAGUUCGGGGACACUGAGAUCAAAGCCACAGCUGUUGAUAUAGCCACCUCGAAGAGUGUCAAAGUUGGGAUCGACUUCCUAAAUUACUAACCGUCCUUCCCCAUCACCUGUCCCCUUGGACGCAACUUAUCUGCAUCUGCUGACCUCAACCUUUUUCCCCUGACCUUGACCCUCACCAUUGCCCACUUGAAUUUCAGCAGGGAAAAUGACAACAACCAGGGCUAGAAAUAGUUGGAGAUUUUUGAGGGCACACUGGAGUCAGAAAAAUUAUCAGAAAUUAAGAUUACGAUUUGGGCAUAGGAAAUUAAAGGAUCCUAGGAGAACAGCUAGUUUUCAUAGGUACAAAAGUGGUGACACGGCCACCGACAAGGGGAUCAGUACAUUUCUGCAGCAGUGGUUGAGCUUGCUUUGAACAGAACUCCAUUAAACAGAAUUUAGGAUGCCCUAUUGCUAUCUUUCUAGAUUUAAAAUGAGAUCUUUGAGCCAUGAGCAGAUCUUCAGCUGAGACUCUUCUUUUAAAAUUUUUUGGAUGGCAGUCAAUAUAAAAUGUCACCCAUCUGCCGUUAAUUUCUUUUCAUUUCAUCAUGUGAUUCAAAGUGGUGAUUCAGUGGGAACUUGGAAUGUUUUUAGCUGAUCAUAGAAGACUGCCUACACUGGGCACUCUUUUAGGUUCCCAUAUAAUUUAAAUGAUGAGGUUCCAGGAAGAAAAAUCGUAGGCUUGGCUGAUCCAUUAGGAUUUGUAUGAGCAUGAAAGGUGCCUCAACUUUUCAGCAGGUGAAAACUUGCUUUGACGGAAAUGGAUAUUAAAGAGUUACUGACACAUGGCAAAUUGUAUUCUGUGAUAUAAUUCCCAGAAUGCCAAGUCCUGAUUUCUCAGUUCAUGGGUAAUUCUAGUUAAUCUUCUAGGAAUUAUGUGUGAAAAUGAGGUUGCAAUUUGUCUUGUUCACAUCACCAAGCCUGGAAGAGCCCCUCAUCUUGAAAAGCAGAGAGAUUUUAAAUUAAUCCACUUCUUCCUGCUCACCUUCAUCCCUGUAAGAAUUCUGGCCAUUUAUUCCCUUGUUUUGAAAGGAGUACAUUGUGAAAUAUGGGAAGAGAAUCUGCUCUAUGAAAUGGUUAAUUAAAAUUUUAGUUUUUAAGUCUGUUUAAAAAUAAUUUGUAAUCUACACUUGGUGAAUUAAGCCAGUUUUCUUCAAGGAAGGUCUGUGGCUCAGAAUUGCCUGGGUGUGUGUUAAAAACAGGUUCCCUUUUUCACUGAAGUUGACUCUUGGAGGAGUGACCCCAAUUUGCAUUUUUAGUGUAUACAAUAGGUGUUUAUGGUUCAACUGAAAUUUAGGAAGUUCUAACUUUAGGUUUUGUUGACCACGAACCGCCCCCUGCGGUCUUCCCCUUAGGGUCCCUUUAGGAAGAAGGCUUACACGUGAAGGUGAUUCCACACUGUGUCCUCUUGGUGUGUGGAGCUGGGGCUCCACUCCCCUUGGGGAGGCAGUUUUAACCCACCCAGGGAGGAAAAACAUUGCCAAAAAGGAACCCGAAGAACAGGGCUGCCUGAGGAACCAACUGGAGGGUCUGCAUUCUCCCCUUCCCCGUUCUCCCUUGUACAAAGACUGUUUUCUCUAACAUUCAGAAGCCUAAUGAGGAAAAAGAAUCAAGACUGACUCACAGCCCAUCUGAUCUGUUCAAAGCUGUCUUUUCCACCUGCUGGAAUUCAUGAAAUCACUGGAGGCAUGCAUAAUGAAUGAAUAGUGAAUGAGCGAAUGAACUUCCAGUGUGAGUUGGAUUCACAGACCCAUUAUCAUAGCCAAUAUGCAGAUUUUCAAUAGCAUUUCACAUUUCAUAUUAACGUGUCUUCUUUUUCAUAUCGCCUGCUGCAGAAUUUCUUACUAGAAUGUGAAACAUGAACAAACCACAGAACUAGAGAAUGCUAGUCACAUAACUUAGUAGCGGGAUUUCAUAUCCGGGCACAAAGGUGUGUUUGCUAGUGUUCUCUUGCUACCUGUUCUGCUUCAAAAGCUAAACAGUAUGGGUCUUUCUUUGGGGUUGCCAGCCAUAUUCCACAAAUAAGACUUUUCAAAGUAGUUAUGAGUAAUAUAAUUUUAUGUACAUAUAAUAUUAGAAUGUUGUACAGAAUCUUUAUUUCUACAACACGCUUUUCUUGUUUAAAAAAGAGAGAAAAUGCUCUUUAGUUUUUGUUGUUGAUAUUGCUGCCCUUGAUUUUCCAGUUUCCUUUUAAAUUGUGCUCACUAAUCAUCAAUUUGUGCUGAUGCCAAGCUCUGGACCAUGUAUGCAAGACUGAGCAAUAGACAGAGGUACCUGGGGUCGGAAUUCUCUGAACACCUGAUCCCCCUGGAUCAAGAGCUUCAAUAGACCCUUCUACGUGCACAUCCUUCCCAAAGAUUCACAGAUUACAUUUAGAGGAGCCUGCAUUCUUGUACAGACUUUGAGAGCUGAGCAAUUCUGGUUCUGUAAACAAUGUGACUGUGCAGAACAGCCUAAGAAACCUCUCAUCCUGAGGGGUCAUCAACCUCUUCUGAGGCAAAGCAAUCACCCUGAGGCUAAGUGUGGUCUGCUGUGUGUGAUGUUUUCAGUAUGCCAGGGUCAAAGGAAGGGAUCAGCUUUUCUACUGGGUUAAGUGUAAAUGGAAUAUGAUGAAGCAUCUCUUUUUUUUUUUUUUUUUUUUGGGUUAAUGUAAAACCUUUCUUGCCUUGCAUUAAUGAUGUCUCCUUUCUAACUAUUUCUCUUAAAUGAGCUGAUAGAAAUCUGUAAUGUUGGCAAAUGGAUGAUGAAGAGGGUGAUAAAUUGACUGGACUUUCUUCUGGUCACAGAGAUGCAGCCCCAGUAGUCAGACUCCUUGAAUGAAACCUUCAAUUCCAUCCCUCCCUGCCUCUACCCCCACUGAAAUAUUCUAAAAUAAGAGCACUGGAUAAGUACACUUGGACACAUAUUCUAAUCUCAGAAAGUAUCAAGAAGGCCCAUUGUCUUGACCCAUUACUCAAUUGUCCCUGGCAUGUUAUCUGAUAUUGAUGAUUCUUGGAAGCAGAACCAUCAAGAAUUUCCUUUGAAACUGCACUUUCUGUACACAGCAGGCAUUAAAUGCUGAAUGACAGACAAGUUACAGACAGGAUAGGAAAGAGGAGGAGCCAUACAAAUGUUUUUGCAAUGUGAUGGCUAAGAUGAGUUCAGAUGAUAGAGGCUGCCCUACCUUUAGAAUGUUAUUUAGAACAAGUUUAGCUUUUAGAGUCCAGGUCUGGUUAAUUGCCAGGGUAGCAAAGAAUCGCAUGCACCAAUAUAAACAGGAGUCAAAAUGCAUUAUUAGUCGAAGAUCGAACUUCACAUUGUAGAGAUGUAAUAGCUGUGAUUAAGCUGCAUAUGUUUGCUGGGAAAUGGCUUAAGUGGAUGACUAGUAUAAACAUCGGUCAUUAUGUCACACCUUUCAUCUGCUUGAAAUAUGGAACAAUAUUCUAAAAUAUCAGCUGUUGGGGUCUUAUUCACUACAAGAUAAACUCAAACUUCACAGAACUUUGCAGCAGUUCACAACUUGACAGGAUUGUGUCUGCAAACUCUCUUGUCUUCACAGAUGUCUAAUAAAACAAAAUUCUGGAUCUCA